AUGGAAAUGGAAAAUGGAAAUGGGGGUAAGAAGAAUGGAAAUGGUAAUGCCAAUGCCAAUAGCGGUGAGAACAAUGGAAAUAAUGGAAAUGCUAAUGGGGGUAAGAAGAAUGGAAAUGGAAAUGCCAAAGGUGGUGAGAAUAAUGGAAAUAGAAAUGGAAAUGCAAGUGGGGGUGGGAAUAAUGGAAAUGCAAGUGGGGGUAAGAAGAAUGGGAAUGGCAAUGCCAAUGGUGGUGAGAAUAAUGGAAAUGGAAAUGGAAAUGCAAGUGGGGGUGGGACUAAUGGAAAUGGAAAUAUGGCGCAAAUGGUUCCAAUAGGUGGUGGAGGAUAUUAUCAUCAAGGGAUGCCAAUGCAAAUGCAACCUUAUUCGUAUGAACAACUUCAUCACAUGAUGAUGAUGAACCAACAACAACAACAUAUGAACAUGUAUCCAUCCAUGAAUUACAUGCAACCACCGCCAAUUCAGUUUCGCUGUAUGGCUGAUCUUACAGACAAGUUCAAUGAUGAGAACGUCUAG